ACCUACUGUGGUUCCCAUUAAUUAAUCACUCAAUCCUUUUAGGACGAGUAAAAGUCACCAUUAUAUAAAUAGCCCCUAGAACCCGCGGGACUUUUCCCCUCUCUUCUCAUCAGUGUCUCUAUCAUUGUUCUAGAAUACUUCCAUUUUGGGCGAAACCGACAGCCAAUUGCGAAAAUUCCUACUUAUUAUCAUAGAUUGUGAAGCAUUGCUACCGUAAUCGAUAUGCUCUGAACCAGCGACCACUGAAUCGUCAUUGACUGUGACAACACAAGCAUGGUUUGAGAAUCAUUUUUCUGGUCGAUUCGCAGUAGUAUCGGGAGAUUCUAUCCCUAGCUGUCAGUGCUCAGUCAUCCCCUUCCCUUCACUAAUCUUACAAAAAUCAAUGGUUUUGGCUGCCUUUACUGUGAGCUAUCAAGGGGGGUAGUUGGAAGCUACGGUCAGAUUCUAUUGAUGGUAGACAGGUCCAAUGGACAUCACCCUCAGAAAAUGUCAAAGAGAAACCAGAAAAAUAGGCAGAAACAAAAGGUGAACUAUAUAGGAGGGAGAAAGUCAUUUGUUAGAAUUUUGGAGGAAAUGAAUGAACAAGACCCAAACUUGAUACGAUUUUACAAAGAAGUGCAUUGGUCAAGAAAGAAGGGUUGCUUUAUCACUGACACAGCAGAACACAACUACAAACUAAUGCUUGAGCGAUUGGAUGAGACUGAGGUGAAUACAGAAAACAACAAUGAGAAGUGCAAUGCAGCUUUCAAGGAGGUUUUAGGACAUAGAUCAGGCUAUGCAAAAGAACUUGGCCAUUCGGUUAUACCUGAACCUUCGAUAGCAUUGCACAAAAAUAGGGACUAUCUUCGUAUUGUUGAAGAGAAUGAAAGGAACAAGAAUUAAGCAAAUUUGUACAAGAGCGAGUUAGAGGUACUAAGAGAUGAGUUGCAUAGUUUCAAGAAUCAAUUUAAAGACUACGAGAAAUUGAUGAACAAUCGUGUAGUUGACCUGGUGUAGGAAAACUAACUUACCUUCCUUUGGUAUUGUAUUCAUCUUAAAUAGAAAUUACAGGUGUGAGUAACGGUUAUGUACAGCUAACAUCAUGGCUGUCUAUUGUGCUAUACAUGGAAAUAUAAUCACUGCCUAUCAUGCUAUACAUGGAAAAUAAGAUCGUAUACAAAACAGAGUAAGGAAUUAAAUAUGUGAGGAAGUCAUGGAGAGAGAAUCAUGGUUGACAGAUCGUAUCUCUUCACCUGGAAUACAAUCAAAGAGUCUCAUCAGGAGACUCGCAUGGAUGCCUAGGCAUCCUGGGUAUUUGGUUUUUUGGUUACCCAGCUUUUACUUUUUGGGAAGUCCUGAUUGAAGAAAGAAGUAAGGUGUGAUAAGUAGUAAUACAUUUUGAUAAUUUUUGUUGUGCACCUGUAUGGAUGUGGCAUCAGUUCUGAAGUUUGCGUCUCCUUUAACAGUCAGCCUUGUAUGGGUUGACAAUGGCAAUACUUGCUGCCAUGUUGGUGCAAAAAACUUUGAGCAAGGUAUGCAAUUCCACACUCUUCUGGAACUUAAUAUUGUUGAUUGAGUCCUAAUUCAUAGUUUUUUUCCUCCAUUUAACACUAUCAUAUGCUUAUUUAUGGUGAAUUUGGAUAUCCACUCAAGCUGUCCAUGAUUUAGAUUAAAUAAAUAGUUUGCAUGAUUGGAUAAAAAUACAUGCAAUUGGUGGCUGAGAGUACAGUCACUUGAAUGAUGGGAUAGGGUAGUUAGUAAGUGUCAAAGAAUGACAUGAUAUUGGUCAUUUAUCAGCCCUGCUAUUUAGGAAGGAACUCAUAGGUAAAAAUGUUGGAUUUCCAUGAAAAUAACUCAAAAUAUAUGUGCUCAAAAGGUAUGUAUUCUUGACAGUUGGAUAUCCACUCAAACUAUCCCUGCUUUAGAUUAACAAAAUACUUUGCAUGGUUGGAUAAAAAUACAUGCAAUUGGUGGCUGAGAGUAGAGUCAAUUGCAUGAUGGCAUAGGGUACAUAGUAAGCGUCCAAUAUUGUCAUAAUAUUGGUAAUUUAUCAUCUCUGCUAUAUUAGAAGCAACUCAACUCUAAAAAAAUGGAUUUUCAUGACUUCAACUCAAAAUAUAUGUGCAGGGAGUAUGAAGCCUAGCAAAUUUGAAGGAACUGUACUAAUGAAGACACAAUGAGGCCAACCUUGACAUGAUGUGGACAAUUGGAGGUGUGUUUUUUUUUUUUUUUUUUGAGUGAAGAACCCCACAGAUACCUUUGACCAAGGAAGAGAAUAGAAACCAUGCUAUAUAUAUUGAUCUGUAAUAGUUCUGUUUUGGGACGUAGAAAUGGGAAUCGUGUUUAUGUAUAUUGGCUGGUCAUGUCAGAUUGAACAGAAUGCCAAUUAUAGGAAGCAUGUAAUUAAUGAGACUAGAAUUGAUGAUUAAGUGAUAUGUGUUGAUAA